CUGGGUCAGGUGGAAGUUUUUGCCGAAUAUUAUAAUUUACAUUAUAACUUGGUAACUUUCAUUAAUAUAAAAUUGCAAAAAUGUUCUCCCGUGUGCUGAAGCCCGUCACAGUCGUGGCCGCCCAGAAUGGCGCCAAAAACUUCUCCACAACCUCGCAGAGGAAUUUCAAAGUGGUGGUGGCCGGCGCAUCUGGUGGUAUCGGCCAGCCCCUGGCCCUGCUCUUGAAGCAGAAUCCCCUGGUGACCCAGCUAGCUCUGUACGAUAUCGCGCCGGUAACUCCAGGCGUGGCAGUGGACCUCUCGCACAUGGACACUCCAGCCAAGGUCACUGGCCAUAAAGGCCCAGAAGAACUAUCCGCAGCUAUUAAAGGUGCGGAUGUGGUAGUUAUCCCCGCUGGUGUUCCACGCAAACCAGGCAUGACUCGUGACGACCUGUUCAACACAAACGCCUCCAUCGUUCGUGAUCUCGCCAAGAGCGUCGCUCAGAACGCGCCUAAAGCCAUCCUUGCAAUCAUCACCAACCCUGUGAACUCCAUGGUGCCUAUUGCUUCGGAGAUCUUAACAAAGGUAAUUAUUAAUUUAUUUACACCCAAAAUAGGCGCUUUGUCAUCGAGUUGCGGAAUACCAGCCCGUUGCACCAAGUACCAAUUGCUCAGCCAGAGUCAGCCCGCGGUCAAGUUGACGGACCAGGGCAAGAUCAAGGCGCUCACAGAGAGGAUUCAGGAAGCCGGUACUGAGGUGGUAAAAGCGAAGGCCGGCGGCGGCUCUGCCACGCUCUCCAUGGCGUACGCUGGAGCUCGUCUUACCAACUCUGUACUCAGGGGACUGAAGGGCGAGUCCAACGUAGUGGAAUGCGCGUACGUCAAGUCGAACGUGUCCGAAGCGGCGUACUUCGCGAACCCGGUGGUCCUUGGCAAGAACGGUGUCGAGAAGAACCUCGGCUACGGCAAACUCAACGCGUUCGAACAAGAGCUCUUGAAGGCCGCUAUUCCUGAACUGCUAAAGAACAUCAAGACCGGAGAGGAUUUUGCUAAGAAGUAAAAAGGAUUUAGAUGUAAAUGACAAUGUAGACCGGGCCGUCAGUCGUGAUUUUGAUUAUACUUAAGGUGCAAUGUCACUGUAGACCAAAAUUGUACGACCAUAGCACUAGAACAGUUUAACAUUUCGUAACUUACACUUAUGACGGAUAGAAGUGAACGGAAUUUCAUGUCGUAUGUUGCGGUGCAAAAAAGUUAUUUUCGUUCAUAUGUAAGUUACGUCCGUUUGUGAUGUGAAAUCGAAGGUCAUGAAAUUUUGGUCGAUUUGUAUUUUAGAAUUUGUAAAAACAUGUAAAUGAUAUAUAAGUCAAUAUUUUUAGGUGUAAUUAGGCCUUCUCGUUAGUAAUUAAGCACUUUCAACUUAAAAAGUGACAGGAUUUUGUCAUAGAACCGACGUACAAAGAGAAAGAUGGACGGCCUGGUGGUUUCCAUACUUAUUGUAUGGAUUUUGUAGGUGAAUUCAAAAUACAUAUAAGAAAAACACUUUCGAACAUACUUUACACAUCAAUCAUAUUUAUUUUGUAUUCAGAUUUCUUUUAUAUGUUUUUUUGUGCAUUUUAAUUUUUAAUCAUGUAAACUCGUUUUUUUUUCACUGCCAACCCUCAG